GGUCGCUCGGUGCAGCAGCCAUGGCGGAGCAGCGCGGCGCCUCGGAUCCGCCGGCGGACGUGGAUGGCGAUGAUUGCCUCGCGGAGUACCGGCACCUCUUCAGCCCCGACAUCCUGGCGGGCCGCGUGGCUUUCAUCACCGGCGGCGGCUCCGGGAUCGGCUUCCGCAUCGCUGAGAUCUUUAUGAGGCACGGCUGUCGGACCGCCAUCGCCGGCCGGAACCAACAGCGUGUGGCCGAGGCCUCAAAAAAGCUGGUUGCAGCCACAGGGCAGCAGUGCCUGCCUCUGUCCAUAGAUGUCAGACAGCCACAAACCAUCGUGGCAGCAGUGGAUGAGACAUUGAAGCAGUUCAAGCAGAUUGACAUCCUGGUUAAUGGUGCUGCAGGAAACUUUCUGUGCCCAGCCAGCGCUCUGUCCUUCAACGCCUUCAAGACGGUGAUGGAUAUUGACACUCUUGGCACCUUCAACACCUCCAAAGUCCUCUUUGAGAAAUAUUUCCGUGACCACGGUGGGGUCGUCAUUAACAUCACAGCAACUCUGAGCUACCGAGGGCAGGCCCUCCAGGUGCACGCUGGUUCUGCUAAGGCUGCUAUAGACGCCAUGACCCGUCACCUUGCUGUAGAGUGGGGUCCCAACAACAUCCGAGUGAACAGCUUGGCACCAGGCCCCAUCACAGGCACCGAGGGCUUCCGGAGGCUGGGUGGAAAAUUUGCCAAGGACUCAAAGCAGUUUGACACGAUCCCCCUGCAGCGUGCAGGGAACAAGACAGAGAUCGCCCACAGCGCUCUGUACCUGGCGAGCCCCCUCUCCUCCUACGUGACUGGAACCACACUGGUCGUGGAUGGUGGGAGCUGGCUGACCUCUGCCAACAACUUCUCCGCCUUGCUGGGUAUUGCUUCAUCCUCUGCUAAGCUUUAGAUGUCUGGGCCGCAGGAGCAAACAAAAAUCAAUGAUGGACAGCCUGGGAUUGACUGACGGACAGAAAUGUGACUGAAUGCUGCUUCCUUGGGACAUCUUGGGGUGGAGCCACCCAGAGUGAGGAGCUGAGAGCUGCAGAGAGCAGCAAUGUGGUGAUGCUGCUGAGCCCACUCCUGCCUGGGGGAGGGAGCACCAAGGAUGCUGUGGGGGAGCAGGUGUACCCCAACUCUGCACUGUUACAGUCUUCUGAGCUGCUGUGGCUGAGAUUGUGAGGAUAGAGGGGAUGUGCUGUAGUGCUCACUGUCUGGCUUUUCCUUUCUGGAGUCCCAGUCCUGGGUAUCUGACCACUUCCUGCUCUUUCCCCUCUCUUUGCCUGAGAGCAGCACAGCACCCCCGCAGCAGCUCCUUAUUGGGAUGGGGGAUAGUUCAGCCCAUUCUGGGUUGGGAGAAGCCAGUGCUUGCUGCCAGACCUGCAGCUUGUCCUGCUAGGAGAAUGAGAUCAAACGAGAUCAGCUGCAGUGCUUGGGGCAUCUUUUGCUUGGUAACUGUUAGAUGCCAACUAGGACCAGGGUGGCUCUGGCAGAGGGAUGGACAGCUUCACUUCCUCUAGGGGCUCCUGGCUGGAGCAGCAGAACCCUGAGGCAGGUGCAGAGGUGCCUGAGAUGUCCUUUCCUUGGGAACAGAGGUAAUGGGAGGUGAGAGCUGACCAGGGAUGGCCCUACCAGCUGAGCCUGAGCUGUCUGUCUGUCUGUCAGCCCCCUGCUGUCUGUCAGCCCUAAUGGCUCUGGCACUGAUCUCUUGCUGUCCCCUUUCUAUGUCCAGACACCACAACAGAGGGUGAAUCAGAGGCUAGCAGAAAUUCAGCCCUUGCUGAGCAGUGCUGAGCUGGGGAGCUGCAGGGGCUGCACUGGGCGUGUGCUGGGAAUGAAAUGUGUGUGCUCGAGGGGCUCUGCACUGCCCUCCUACUGCUGACAGCAGGAUUUUAGCUUACCCUGAUUUCUUUUAAUCUGGUUUUAAAGAUUGCUGAAGAUUGGUUUCUUUUCCUACAUGAUUGUAGACUUGACAGGUUUUGCUCCUUCCUCCAGGCCACGAAUAAAGAACUUCCAGCCUCA